GAGGCCCCACAGCCACGGAGGCAUGAGGCUCCUUCGGUUGCUCUGCUUGGCCGUUCUGGCCACCAGCAGCUUCUCCAGGGAGCAGGAGGGAGAAGCCACCCCCGAGGUCUCCAUUGCCUAUGAAGUCCUGGAGGUUUUCCCCAAAGGCCGCCACGUUCUCAUAACGUGCAGCUCACCCUGGGCAACCCCUCCCAUCACCUACUCCCUCUGGGGGAGCCAGGACGUCGAGGUGGCCAGGAAGGUGGUGAGCACCCACAGCCCAGCCUCCUUCAGCAUCAACAUCACACUCAAGUCCAGGCCAGACCUGCUCACCUACUCCUGCCAGGCAGCCUCCACCUUGGGUGCCCCCGUGGCCAGUGCCAGGCUGCAGAUGUACUGGGAGCUGUGGGCCAAGCCAGUAUCCCAGCUGCAGGCUGACUUCACCCUGCGGGACAGAGGGUCAGGCCCUAGGGCAGAGAUGUCCUGCCAGGCGUCCUCGGGCAGUCCACCCAUCACCUACAGCCUGGUCGGGAAGGAUGGGCACAUCCUCAUGCAGCAGAGAUCACCCCACGGGCAGCCUGCCAACUUCUCCUUCCCACUGACCCAGACGUCGGGCUGGUUCCAGUGCCAGGCUGAAAACAAUGUCAAUGUCCAGCUCAGCGCCCCCAUGCUGGUGCCCCCAGGUUGUGACCAGGAGACACCAGCUUGGCAGACUGCCCCCAGGAGCACCCCACUCCUGGCCUUGCUGCCCUGCAGAAGGACCCACCGUUUGAAUGAAGAAAAGCCUGCGGGAGGCAAUGGGGAGAUGUAGGUCAGAGGUGACAAAGUAGCAGACAUGUGGAUGAACACGUCCAGGGAUCUAAUGUGCAGCCUGAGGACUGUCGGUAGCAAGAGCGUACUGUAUUUGGGAUUCAUACUAAAUGAGUACGUUUUAGCUGCUCUUUCCACAAAGACAAAAAAGUGGAAAAUGUGUGAGAUAACGAAUAUGCUAAUUUGCUUCACUGUGGUAACCUUUUUACUAUUUAUAUGUAUCCCAUAAUGUCAUGUUGUAUACCUUAAAUAUACAUAAUAAAAUCUAUUUUAAAAAAAGAAAA